GUGGGAGGAGCUGACGGACAUGCUCACCUAGCGGGUGACCUCUUCCCUCCCGUCCACGUUGGCUCUGUAGCGGCAGCCUGAGAGACAGCUGGGUGUGCCUUCUUCCCUCCAUGGAUCAAGUGGUGCUGGAGAGGGCCCGUGAGGCCUUCACCACAGAUGGCAGGGCCAAGAGGGACCCCGACGCUUGCGCUGAGCACGGGGAAAAGUUGACGCUCUUCUGCUUGGAGGACCUGGAGCCCAUUUGUGGAAUGUGCGGGAAGGCGGCGGCCCACAGAGGACACAGACUCUAUCCCCUUGGAGAAGGUGCUCAUGACUGCAAGGAGGAGCUGAAGGGUGCCCUGCUGCCCUUGAAGGAGAAGCUGCAGCUGUACAAGAAGGCCAAACUGGACUGUGAAGACAUGGCCGAGCACGUCCAGAGCCAGGCAGAACACACCGAGACGCAGAUCAAGGCGGAGUUCGAGACCCUCCACCACUUCCUGAGGGAGCAGGAGGCGGCCAGGCUCUCCGCCCUGAAGGCCGAGGAGGCCCAGAAGAAGCUGGUGAUCCAGCACAGCAUCGAGGAGAUGGACCAGGAGAUAGCCUUGCUCUGCAACGUCAUCCGCUUGGUGGAGCAGGAGAUGCAAACAAAUGACAUCCCCUUUCUUAAGAACUACAAGGACAUCAUAAGAAGAACAUGGAUCAAUUCCUGCCAGCCAAACAGGCUUUCUGGAGCUCUGAUUGGUGUGGCCAAACAUCUUGGAACACUCAAGUACCAAGUGUGGGAGAAGAUGAAGAAAAUAGUCAAAUACAGUCCAGUCAUCGUGGAUCCCAACACGGCGGCCAACUGCUUCAUCUUGUCCGAGGACCUGAUGGUGAUUCAGAACUCCACACAGACCUUCAAGCUCCCCAACAACCCGGAGCGCUUCGACAUCAGCGCGGAGAUGCUGGGCGCCGAGGGUUACACCUCGGGGCGCCACAGCUGGAGCGUAGAGGUAAAGGACAACGCCUACUGGGUGGUGGGCGUGGCCAGCGAGUCCAUCAACAGGAAGGGCAAGCACGUGCUGACGCCCAGCGAGGGUUUCUGGACCAUACGCUUUCGCAAUGGCGAGCACAAAGCCUGCACGGCGCCGUGGGAGCCGCUAAACAUGACCGCCAAACCGGACGUGAUCAGGGUGCUUUUGGACAUGGACCGAGGAAAGGUGACCUUUUAUAACCCGGAGGAGAGACAGCCGCUGUACACCUUCACCGAGGUCUUGGCGACAACUGUCUUUCCCUACUUUUGUACGGCCUGCAAGGAGCAUCCGCUGAAGAUCCUGCCGGCUAGAAUAACUCUUUCAAAGGACUGA